AUGAAUGAACCUGCGAGGCCGUUCACCACCUACUACAAGACGACCUUCUCCCCAAAGCUCCAGCUUGAGACCCACAAGGUAGUCUCAACUCCAGAAUCCCAGUCGGAGAUGAACAUGGCAACCUUCUCCCCAGAGCUCCAGCACGAGACCCAUGAGGUUGUCUCAACUCCAGAACUCCAGCAUAAAGUCACGUUCACAUCCAAGGUCGAAGAAAUGGCAUCCCGAGACAUGUUCCCAGCCGAGGUCAACGAGGCCACCUCCCGUGCCACGUUCCCGUCUGUGGUCGACGAGGCCCCCUCCCGCGCCACGUUCCCGUCCGAGGUCGACGAGGCGGCCUCCCGCGCCACGUUUCUGUCUGAGGUUGACGAGGCAACCUCUCACACAACGUUCACGCCCGAGGUCGAUGAGGCGGCCAAGACUGCCGGGGGAGGGAGGACAGUGCUGCAGCCUGCAGCGGGCUCGGAGAGCCGGAGUGCGCACGCGUGCAUGAGCCAGGUGCGUGAGCGCUCAGAGAGCGCACGCUCUGAUGACUGUAGCUCGGCUAAACCAAGCCGCGCAGCUUUCUACGGCGCCGACCCCACGCUUACCUCCCACUCCAGCGCAGGGUGGGAGCAGGAAGGGAACGGUAUCAGCACGUAUGAGCAGCUGACAUCACGCUUCCGCACUGUAUUCGAUCACUCUCCAGACAACCGGGAGACUGGGGAGGACUUAUUGUCCUUGGUGCAGGGAUCACGUUGUGUGGCGGAUUACGCUCUUGAAUUUCGUACUGUGGCCGCUAGGAGCGGAUGGAAUCAACCCGCUCUAAAGGCUAUGUUUCGCCGGGGAUUAAAUGCCGACAUCGUAACGGAGCUGGCGUGCCGCGAUGAUCAGUUGACCUUCGACUCACUCAUCAACGUAGCUAUCCGCCUGGAUCGUCUACUACGGAGCCGCCGCUCCUUACGCAGCGAGGCGGAAGCACCGGCAUCUGGGAGCCCUAAGGCGCUGAUCGACUCUGGAGUGGCGGGGAACUUCAUUGACCAAGAGACCAUACUCCAAUAUAACAUCCCCGUUCGUCCUCUCAGCACCCCCCGCCAUGUCCAAGCCAUUGAUGGGGCCCCCAUUGGAGAUGGCUUAAUCACCCACUAUCCAGUGGUUCUCGGUCUUCCUUGGCUCGAACAUCACAAUCCACAAAUUUCAUGGAAUCAAAGGGAGAUCACUCGCUGGUCAGCUCACUGCAUCAAUCACUGUCUUCAAGUCCCUGUGAUCUCCUUAGCAUCCACAUCCAUUGAGAGCCCGGACAAGGCAGACAACGUUCUGAUCCCCAGUGUUUACCAUGACCUCAUAGAAGUAUUCAGUAAGAAGAAGGCUAGCGGACUACCUCCUCAUCGAGAUUACGACUGCGCAAUCGAUUUGCUCCCAGGCACUACACCACCACGAGGGAGAGUCUAUCCGUUAACGGUCACUGAGCAAAAAGCCAUGGAAGAGUACAUUCAGGAGGCGUUGCACCAAGGGUAUAUACGACCAUCUACUUCUCCAGCAUCCGCGGGGUUUUUCUUUGUGGAGAAGAAGGGAGGAGGUUUACGACCAUGCAUCGACUACCGAGGACUAAACCAGUGUUGCGUCAAGUACCGUUACCCACUACCUCUAGUACCAGCCGCUCUGGAACAAUUACGCACUGCCACCAUCUUCACGAAACUGGACUUACGCAGUGCAUACAACUUGGUCCGGAUCCGAGAGGGAGAUGAAUGGAAGACUGGGUUCAGCACAACUUCAGGCCACUAUGAGUAUCAGGUCAUGCCGUAUGGGCUUUCUAACGCUCCCUCGGUCUUCCAAUGUCUAAUUAACGACGUGUUACGUGACAUGCUGGGACACCAUGUGAUCGCCUACAUCGACGACAUUCUGAUAUAUUCUGACUCCCGGGAGGAACAUGUUCACCACGUCCGCCAAGUUCUACAACGACUGCUCCGUCACCAGUUAUAUGUUAAAGCUGAGAAAUGCGAAUUCCAUAGAACCACCAUUGCGUUUCUGGGAUACGUCAUCAGCCCCGAGGGGAUCUCCAUGGACCAAGAAAAGGUCCAGGCAGUAGUAAGCUGGCCCACACCCACGACAAUCAAGGAACUACAGAGGUUUCUGGGGUUUGCGAACUUCUACAGAAGGUUUAUCAGAAAUUUCAGUGCCAUCGCCAACCCCCUCACGUCCCUGCUAAAGGGGAAACCCAAACGUCUGUCAUGGAAUUCAAGUGCCCAAUCCGCCUUCGACAAGCUCAAGAAAGCCUUCACUACUGCACCCAUCAUCAAACAUCCGGACCCAUCCAGACCGUUUAUAGUGGAGGUGGAUGCGUCAGAGACCGGGGUAGGAGCCAUUCUAUCCCAACGAUUUGGAGAGAAGCCAAAGCUCCAUCUGGUGGCAUUCUUCUCGCGAAAGCUUUCCCCCGCUGAGAGAAACUACGAUGUGGGAAAUCGUGAACUCUUGGCAAUCAAGUUAGCGCUGGAGGAGUGGAGACACUGGUUAGAGGGGGCUACACAUCAAUUUGUCAUCUUCACAGACCAUAAGAACCUGGAGUACCUUCGCACUGCAAAGCGACUCACACCCCGCCAGGCCCGAUGGGCCCUAUUCUUCACCAGGUUUCACUUCACGUUAUCUUACAGACCCGGGUCCAAGAACACAAAAGCUGAUGCUCUGUCUCGUCUCGACCACACAGAACGUGUCAACAAGCAUGAAGAGUACAUCAUUCAUCCUUCAUGUGUUAUCAAUGCGCUAGAGUGGGAUCUGGACCAGGAGCUAGAGCAGAUUCCCCAGUCACAAGUACCCGUAAAGUGUCCUCCGAACAAACUAUUUGUACCCGAAGAUUACCGCCAAGAACUCAUCAUCUGGGCACACACGUGCGUGCUAGGUUACCAACCUCCACUGUUCCCGUGGAACGCAACUCCUACCGCAGCUCCGGCCGUUGACCACUGGUUCGAACGUAGCGAGCGUGUCUGGGCUGACACCCACCGACGCCUGAAAGAGACCACAGACAUGUACAAGCACAAAGCAGAUCGCCGCUGCAAAGAACAUCCUAAUUACCAACCAGGCGAUCGGGUGUGGUUGUCCACAAAGGACUUGAGACAAGCUCAUAGCUGUAAAAAACUAACGCCAAGAUACACUGGACUAUUCAAGAUCCUCAAGCGAGUCAAUGAAGUCACCUACCGUCUGGAACUGCUACGUCACAGCCGCAUCUCCCCCUCAUUCCACGUAUCACAUCUCAAACCUGUUGUCAACGGUCCACUAGCCACCCAAGUACCAGCUGAAACUUCUCCGACCCCUCUGGAAAUUGAUGGACAACCGGCUUACCGUGUCAAGGACAUCCUCAAAUCUAGACACAGGAGGGGCAAGCUGGAGUAUUUGAACUUUCACCUAUCUGUCACCAACGACAAUACCACUGUCAAAGUCACUGAGACCACAUUUGUUCCCCAUUCUGAUGUUUGA